CUUACAUCUAUUUUCAUCAAUGUGCAAUUACAAUUGCGCAUUCAAUUCCCUUGUGUCUUAGCGGCACAAAUUCUAGAUUGUUCCGACCCCGAAACUUAUCGGUCUUCAAUCUGUUGUAAAAGCCCGAACACCAAACCUUGAAGAUGUUUGAACGAAAUCGUCCUGUUCGCUUGGUUUCUCAUCCAGACCCUUCCUAGUCCACCACACAUGGGGCUAGCGAUGCAUCUGAAUUAGGUGCUCUGAGCCGUUGCUUUGACUUUUAUUUACAUGGCGACCAUUCAGAAUAAGGAGCGCAGAAGCGUCUCCCGCCAGUUUCAUAGGAAAUCUCGCAAUAGUUGUCUACCAUGCCGCAAGCGACGCGUUAGAUGCGAUCUGCAGCCGCCUACUUGCUCUAACUGCCAAAGGCGUAAUGAGCUUUGCUCUUACAAACAGCAACAAAACCAAGCCUUGGACCUAGCUCUGAUUUCAAGCCUCAGUUAUACAACGGAAACCUGGCAUCGUAAUGGCGACAACUUUUUCGAUGGCUAUGUUCCAUUGGAAUAUGCAACCUCUCAUAUGGCUCCCAAUGUUCUCCGUCAUGUAGACAGCCCACAAUGGAUACGGCAAGUCACAGGUGUCAAUACAGGUUCUGUAAAUAAGGUCAUGGAGGAGACUUUUUUCCUCUCUUGGCUGUCGAAUCUCGAAGGAGCAACGCUUGCUCAAGAAUUUGACCGCCAAGCAAAUUCUUUCAAAUAUGUGCACCGCAUAAUCACCGCACUUUACGCGCUUCAUGAAUCCAGUCAAAAGACGUCGCACUCAAAUCUCCACUCCACCGCAUAUCGUUAUCAGAUCGAAGCUUCCAUAUUGUUCAGAAACUCGCAAGUCGAAGUGAAUGAGGCGAAUUGGUUGGCCAUCCUGAUGUUCGGAAUAGGAGUUAUUGUCUUUCAAUUUGCUUCGGCCCUGGAAGCAUCCGACGAAGAUAGCUAUAUGGAGCUCCUUUACAUUUUGCGUAACUCUUUUGGCCUAGCUGCACAAUUAGGGCCUUAUCUACAUGCGAGCCCGCUCAUGCAGUUUACUAAACUUCAUCUCGGUCGACUUCAGCUACACUUAGAUGACUUCACGUGGGCUGCUAUAUGCUGCCUGGACUCGCUUAAGUAUCCAGUGGAUACUACUGAUGAAGAAAGACGUGCGUGUCUACACUCUAUCGCGGCACUAAAGGGAUGGGUUAUCGAGAUCGAUGGAUAUCCAAGAAAUUGGCUUCAUUAUAUCAGCUGGCCCGCUGCGCUCUCCGAUCAUUAUCUUACAUUGCUUUCUCAGAAACAUCCCGUAGCUCUCGUUGUUUUCAUCUACUGGUGCUGUAUAAUGCAUCGCUGUCCAAAGCGUUGGUACAUGGUCGGCUGGCCUAACCGUGCUGCGGACUUCGCUAUGAAGUAUCUUGGAGAACAGUGGGAUUAUAUACUUGAAUUUCCCAGAAAAAUACUAGCGAACGAAUUCAAGAGUAGCAGGUCCCAUAGCUUAGCUCUCAUAUAAGUAUACUACCGGA